AAUUCAAGAACUGUGUUGCGUGUUCGGUGUUUGUUCACUAUCGUUAGCUAGGCACUUAAUGUUAGCUGUUUAAAUAUGAACGCACCCCCGGCAUUCGAGUCAUUUCUUUUGUUUGAAGGAGAAAAGAAAAUAACCAUCAUCAAGGACACCAAAGUCCCUAAUGCCUGCCUUUUCACAUUAAACAAAGAGGAUCACACGCUUGGUAACAUAAUCAGACAACAACUUCUGAAAGACCCCCAGGUGCUCUUUGCUGGCUACAAGGUCCCUCAUCCUUUGGAGCACAAGAUUGUGAUCCGUGUUCAGACCACACCAGACUACAGUCCUCAGGAGGCUUUCACAAAUGCCAUCACUGACCUCAUUAGUGAGCUGUCCUUGUUGGAAGAAAGAUUCCGGGUUGCAAUUAAGGACAAACAAGAAGGAAUUGAAUGAGGAUUUUUUACUAACUCUUCCCGGAUCCAAGGAAUUACACCUGUCUCUAAUGUGUAGGCAAAUGUGUUGUGUGAAGUUCUAUGACAAUUUUCCAGAUUUGAGAAUUUGAACAUACUUGAGCUGUUGUCUGCUUUCCCCCCUUCUUAUGUAGUAGGUCACAUGGGACUUAAUAGCCACAGAGAUGUGAAUCACUUAUUUUAUAUUGUACUUACCUGCUAAACGCUGAAUGUUUUACAUAGAAAUCAAUACUGUGGUUUUUGCUAAUUACUGUAAUGUAAUGACAUAUUUUGCGGGAAAUACAUUCUUUUAAAGUUACCGUUUGUUAAUGGUCAUGGCUUGUUUGCCCUACAUUUACAAUAUUAGAAUGUAUACAGGUUUUGGACUUUCAAUAAAUAAUUCUUGAAACA